UUAAAAAAAAACGCAGGGACUUGUACAGGCAAGGCCGGCUGUGGCAGUGCGGAGGUUACUUGGUUGAACCUCUUGCCGGGGGCGAGCGUCAGAGUCCCACUGUCUGUGCUACUAGUGCUGGUAGGACUGGUCACUUCGCCAUGAUUGCUCCAAACAGCAUCAUAGUCCUACUUGUGCCCGUCUUGGUACUAGCUCAUGACACCUAUGACCCAACCGACUAUGAACAUCAUCCCAUGAUCACAGCAGCAAUGGAAGCGCACAUGAAUAGAGACUGCAGUGGCGUGGACCCUGACCCUGAGUCGUACUGGAUGACGAAAUUCUCCGAGCUUGUCAAGUACAGAUUGCCACACGAAGCUGUCACAUGGGAUGACCUGCUGCCAAACCUAGAACGCCUGUCGGAAUAUGACGAGAAAGGUUAUUUGGAAGCCAUUGCAAAAGGAAAGAUGGACAUCAGCGCCCUGCAGUUCCCGGUCCCGCACCUUGAGCCCCUCAUCCUCCCAGCCUACAUGCCCGUCAAGUACCAGCCAGAGAAGCUUCCGACCAUCGUGCUUCAGCAGAUAUUCAAUGGCGAAUAUGUGUACGAGGAGGUUCUUCCAUCGCAUUCGCGGAAAAGGCGUAGCGUGGACGACGGCGCGGACGACGGCGAGGCGCAGGAACAGAAGGUGGAGCAGCCUCGGCUCUUCCGCCACAAGCGCAGCUCCUACUCGGACGACAUCCCGCUCGUGGAGGGCCACUCGAUGAACCACGAGGUGGACGAGGUGGAGAUCGGAGAAGAGGGAGAGCUCCUGAACCGCAAGCGCCGUGAGCUCCCGGAGGGCAUGGCCGUUUUCCCGCCGAAGAACUCCAUGUUCGCAGUCAAGACGCUGUGCAUGAGGACCAACGCCACGGGCCACAUACAGUUCCCGACGAUUUAAGGGCCGACGGAAUCCACGCUGACGCCCGACCCACUCCAGGAGAGCCAUUGCAUCGCGACAUCUCACAGAAGGGGAGAGAGUUAGAGAGUUGCAAGGGAAAUGAGAUCUUGUUCCAUUGUGAUUAUAGUUAAUGCCUUUUAUCUUAUCAACUACCCCAACUCUUUAUAAUAUUUCUGUACCGAUAUAUAACGGCAUUGGUGAUUUUAACAUUUAUCCCAGGUAAUAAAAUAGAUAUUAAAAGUUAUUAAAAGAUAAAAACCAAUAAAAAUACAGCGAACUUUCUUAACCGAGAAAAAUAAACAAGAUAAAGUUGCGUCGUAAAAUAACACGAUCAAUAAAAGUAACAUAUCAGAGUAAACAAAACAGCAACAAUCUAAAGUGGAUUAUAAAAUCAAAGAUAAAUUGUAAACCUAAACAUCGAUUAAUAUCUAUAUCAAAUUUGAAAGAAAAAAAAUAUGGAAAGAAAUGGAAGUCCAUAGAAUAAACCGGAAUUAGAUCGAAAGAGUGUACAGAUUGUCAAAAUUAAAGAUCGAGAAAAAUA